AUGAGCAUUGUGACAAAGAGCGAUUUAAAUCCAAAGAAGGUCAUCUAUGACUGCUCGCAGAAUAUGUACCCUGUAAAGGACCGUGUGAGUCCCCACGGUUUGAUUUACAGGGAUUUCCCGCACUUUGUCAACCAGGAUGGGAACUACCUGUUCUGCCGGUACUGGGAACCUGUAACACCCCCAAGGGCUCUGGUGAUGAUCAUACAUGGUGCAGGAGAACACAGUGGCCGUUACACGAAUGUUGCCUCAAUGCUCGUGAGGGAAUCCUACAUUGCAUUUGCACAUGAUCACAUUGGCCACGGGCAAAGUGAAGGCAAACGACUAAGUGUGCCUAACUUCAGAACAUAUGUCCGUGACUGCCUGCAACACAUCGACAUGGUCAAGCAACGCUACCCAAGGCUGCCUCUAUUUCUGUUGGCUCAAGGCCUUGGAGGAUUGGUUGCAACAUACGUGGGGAAAGAACGACAACAUGAGAUUGCUGGGGUGAUCUUUAUGGCACCUUUGGUAUUAGUAAAUCCCGAAUCAGCAACCCCAUUGAAGUUGUGCUGUGCCAGAAUGAUGUAUCAUCUGAUGCCAAAUUUCUCCCUGGGAUACAUGGACCCACGGUGGUUGUCCAGAUCACAACGAGAGGUAAUAAACUACAUGAAUGACCCUCUCAACUACCUUGGACCUUUUAGGAUGAGGUUUAUUGUUCAGGUGUUGCACGCAGUGACCAAGCUUGACAAGAUUUUCCCCGAGAUCACCUGGCCAGUGCUCAUCCUACACGGAGACUCGGAUAAACUCUGUGACAUCAAGGGUUCCUUCCUCAUGUACGAGAAGUUGGGCAGCUCAGACAAGACAUUCAAGGUGAUUCAUUUUUCCCAAAACAGGCAUCUCUAG